GAUGAUCAGACACAGGUCUUUGAGAGCAUCUAGAUGUUUUCCUGUUCAUCUGCUUGCAGGUGGUCAUCAUGAGAGACUACCAUCACGAGAACGUGGUCGACAUGUACAACAGUUAUCUGGUCAGUGAUGAACUCUGGGUAGUGAUGGAGUUCCUGGAGGGCGGAGCCUUGACUGACAUCGUCACUCACACCAGGAUGAAUGAGGAGCAGAUCGCCACCGUCUGUCUGUCGGUGCUGAAGGCGCUGUCUUACCUGCACACGCAGGGCGUCAUACACCGAGACAUCAAGAGCGACUCCAUCCUGCUCACCAGCGACGGAAGGAUCAAGCUCUCGGAUUUCGGCUUCUGUGCUCAAGUGUCUAAAGAGGUUCCCAAGAGGAAGUCUCUGGUGGGAACGCCGUACUGGAUGGCGCCGGAGGUCAUCUCUAGGCUGCCCUACGGCACUGAGGUGGACAUCUGGUCUCUGGGCAUCAUGGUGAUCGAGAUGGUGGACGGAGAGCCGCCGUACUUCAACGAGCCGCCGCUGCAGGCCAUGAGACGGAUACGAGACAACCUGCCGCCGCGACUCAAGGAGUCUCACAAGGUGUCGUCGGUUCUGCGGGCGUUCCUGGAGCUGAUGCUGGUGCGAGAGCCGUCGCAGCGGGCCUCGGCGCUGGAGCUGCUGCAGCACUCGUUCCUGAAGCUGUCGGGCCCGCCGGCCUGCAUCGUUCCUCUGAUGCGCCACUACCGCCACCGCUGAGCGUUUCAUCCACAACCAGACUGACGUCUUCUCACGCUAACUACGAAGAUGUAUUUUAGAGCAAUU